AUGAAGAGCUUCCUUGUGGUAUCCCUGCUUGGUGGUACUACCGUGGCGCUAAGCAGUUUGCUCUAUCCAAUCUUCAUCAGGAAGUAUCAUUCAUUUUGGAUGGCUCGUCACAAAUCUCUCCCCAUCGGCCUGCCGAAUAAUUCCAAUCUCUGCUACUUAAACGCCCUUCUUCAGGCAAUGGCGUCAAAUCGCAGUCUGAUUAAGUCACUAAAACGCAGUGCCGCUGUACGUCGGGACCGUCUGCUAUGCUGCCUUGUGGCUCUUUUGGAAGGACUUCGAUGUUCAUCCGGAUACUUGAGGAAGCACAAUCUUGUGGAGGUUCUAGCAGACGCUCACCGAACUUUUGUCGAUCAGCUUAAUCUGACAGAGAAAUGGUCAGUCAAUGAACAGCAGGAUGUCCACGAGCUGUUUGUAUUUCUCAUGGAUUUGGCCAAUGGGAACGAACCAGGUAGAACUGAAAUUCGUGCCAGUGGAGGUCUUCAUUCUGUCUCUCGUUUGAACGGCCGCACAGAUUACUCAUCUGUCGCCAGAUGCUGCCAUCGUAACUCGCCUCUUCUUUUCGACGUGGGUUCAAAGAAUCCGAUUGGCUUAGCCGAGGCCUUUCGCCAGUCUCCAUUUCAUACAUUCCGUAUUACCAAUCCUCAAUACCAUCUUAUUUCCAAUCAGAUAAUCUGCACCAAAUGCAAUUAUCAUGGUGCCCUGAAGCUUGUUCCCGAGGCCUGUGUCACCAUCUUUCCUUCCGAGGAAGACGGGCCACGCUCUGUCAGUCUACCUACUGCCUGCCAGGUGCUUGCAGGGGGCAUAGGAGGCUGUGUAUGCGAGUGGUAA